UUCAUGUUGUUGAGAGAAAAAACCAACUUGUUUUUAGUUUUUUAAAACAUUUAUUUGCCGGUACUUUUCGAAACCCCAAAAAUCCCAAAACCCCAAAACCAUCUCCAUCAGUAUACCAGUCACUUCACCAAAUCUCUCAACACUGAGAAAGAAAACCCAAAAUGGCAUCGCCACCGCAGCCACCUCCGAUGACAAACGCGUUUGCAUUGACACCACACAAAGUCUCAGUUUGUUUACUUCUUCAAACCUACGCGUUACCUGCUCAAACAACACCACCGUUCCCUUUCUCCUCCGUCUCUCAACACAACCGUCUUGGGCUCUACUUAUUAGCCCUCACAAAAUCUUAUGAUGAUAUAUUGGAGCCAAAGCUAGAGGAGUUGUUGAAUCAAUUGAAGGAAAUCAGUGGGUCAUUGGGGCAUUGGUUGAUAGAUCAUUUGACAAGCAGGUUAUCAUCUUUAUCAGCGCCGGAUGAUUUAUUUAGCUUCUUUACUGAAAUGAGAGGGAUACUUGGAGGAUCGGAUUCAGUUGUUAUGGAAGAUAAUCAAGUUAUUUUGGACCCAAAUAGCAAUCUGGGAUUGUUUCUCCGUCGUUGCAUUCUCACAUUUAAUCUCUUAUCGUUUGAGGGUUUGUGCCAUCUUUUGACAAAUAUUGGGAGUUAUUGUAAAGAAGCCAUGUCAAGCUGCAUGCCAUAUGAGACACGGCUUUUAGAUGAGUCCAGUAAUGAUUUGGAGACAUUAUCAGAAUAUGAGAACAUGGACUUGGAGAAUUUCAUGUUCGGAAAAGUUAAUGAAGAAAUUGAAGCAAGGAAACAGGCCAGUGAAAGAGUUCCUUUUCACCUUCAUGGGCCUAAAGCACUUUCUGGAUUGGUUGAAGAUAUAGAGGUUGUUGCAGAUCCAAGUUCCAAACAUGGUGACAAAUGUGGAGAAACUAGUGCAUACGUACAUCCUCCAGGAAAUGAAUUGAGAGAUGUUGAUCCCUAUGGGGAGAUAUUCCUAAGAACAAACUGGCAGGUACAAGGUUACUUAAUGGAGCAAGCAGAUGCAAUUGAAAAGCAUGACAGUUCUUUCUCUUUAAAUUCUUUUGAGCUUGUUUUAAGGCAGAUUAAAAAAUUGGCACCUGAGCUACAUCGUGUUCACUUCUUACGAUAUUUGAACAGCCUGUAUCAUGAUGAUUAUUUUGCCGCUUUGGAUAAUCUUCAUCGCUACUUUGAUUAUAGUGCAGGGGCCGAGGGAUUUGAUUCAGCUCCAUCUUCUUCUGGGUCCAAUAGCUCUGGAAGAUAUGAGAUUGGUCUGAUAUAUUUGGGGAUGAUGCAUUUACACUUUGGGCAUCCUAAGCAAGCUUUGCAAGUUUUAACUGAAGCAGUUCGUUUUUCUCAACAGCAAAGUAGUGAGAGUUGUCUUGCGUACACUUUAGCAGCUAUAUGCAAUGUAUUGUCUGAAUUUGGUUGCUCAAGCUCAGCAGGAGUACUUGGAACUUCUUUCUCACCUAUAACCAGCAUGGACACUUCAUUGUCUGUUGGGCAACAAUUGUUUGUUCUCUUGAGGGAGUCUCUGAAGAGAGCAGAAAGUUUAAAGUUGAAACGAUUGGUUGCUUCUAAUCAUCUUGCUCUGGCCAAAUUUGAUUUACUGCAUGUGCAAAGACCUCUGCUGUCAUUUGGUCCCAAAGCUUCCAUGAAGCUGAGAACAUUUCCAAUCAAUGUUUGCAAGGAAUUAAGAUUAUGUUCUCAUUUGAUUAGCGAAUUUGGCUCUGAAAGCUCCACAAUGACAACUGAUGGUGUUUUUAGUACAACAUGGCUCAACAAUCUUCCAAAGUCAAUGGAUUCACCAUUGUUGCCCCAAGAGAAUGCACAUCGAAACAAUUGUGAUGCACACCGAUUCUUUACGCAACUCAGCUCAGUUCCCAAAUCUGUUUUGCAAUUAUUAGGUUCUUCAUACAUAAUGCGCUCCACUGCUUGGGAGAUGUAUGGCAGUGCUCCUCUUGCUCGAAUAAAUUCGCUGGUUUAUGCCACUUGCUUUGUUGAUGCUUCAAGUUCAUCUGAUGCAGCUUCAGUACAUGCAAAGCUCAUCCAGCAUUUAGCAGUAUUUCGAGGAUAUAAAGAGGCCUUUGCUGCUCUUAAAGUAGCUGAAGAGAAGUUCUUAACUGUCUCAAAAUCUGUAAUUUUGCUACUAAAACUGCAGCUACUCCAUGAGUGUGCUUUGCAUCGAGGAAAUCUGAAGCUAGCACAACAAGUAUGUGAUGAACUUGGAGUUCUGGCAUCAUCUGUCAGUGGUGUGGACAAAGAUCUGAAGACUGAAGCAAGCCUUCGCCAUGCUCGCACAUUGCUUGCAGCAAAUCAAUUCAGCCAGGCUGCCGCUGUUGCACAUUCUCUCUUUUGCAUGUGUUACAAAUUCAAUAUGCAGGUUCAGAAUGCCACUGUUCUUCUUUUGCUGGCAGAAAUUCACAAGAAAUCAGGCAAUGCUGUUUUAGGCCUUCCAUAUGCAUUAGCAAGCCUCUCAUUUUGCCAGUCAUUUAAUUUGGAUCUACUCAAGGCAUCAGCCACUCUUACCUUGGCUGAGUUGUGGCUCUCAUUAGGAUCAAAUCAUGCAAAGAGGGCUCUGACCCUUAUACAUGGGGCUCUACCCAUGAUUCUUGGUCAUGGAGGGUUGGAGCUCCAAGCGAGGGCUCAGAUCACUGAAGCAAAAUGCUAUUUAUCUGAUCCAAGCUAUUCAGUUUUUGAAGAUUCUGAGGUUGUGUUAGAUCUUUUGAGGCAAGCUUCUGAUGAGCUUCAAGUGUUGGAGUAUCAUGAGUUGGCUGCGGAAGCUUUCUAUUUGAUGGCCCAUGUAUUUGACAAACUUGGGCAACUUGAGAGGAGAGAAGAAGCUGCAGCUUCAUUCAAGGAACACAUGAUGGCUCUAGAGAAUCCUCAGGAUGAGGAUGAUCCUUUACUGAACAUGUUGUGAAGAAAAUUACAGUUGUAUUUCAUGCAAGUUAGAAUCCUGGUUAUUUUAACAACAGUAGCUUUUACUUACUAUGCUUUCCACCAUGUAACAUUUCUCUGGAGAACUUGAGAUGCGUAUAUGAGAAUUAAGAUGCGUACCUUGAUUCAUAA